AUGAGACUGCUUCUGGGUCUCUUGUUUCUCUUGACCUUAACCAACUAUUCAAGUGCAGCUUACUGUCUAUGCAGAGAUGGAGUUGGAGAAAAAGAGCUUCAAACGUCAAUAGACUAUGCAUGUGGAGCUUUAGGAGACUGUAAUCCAAUCCAUGACAAAGGUCCUUGUUACCAACCCAACACUGUCAAGAGCCAUUGUGAUUGGGCAGUCAAUAGCUAUUUUCAAAAAUCCGGUCAGAUCUCUGGAAGCUGUAAUUUCUCAGGCACUGCUACGACCAGCCCAACUCCUCCUUCAACUGUGGUUACUGGUUGCAUCUAUCCUUCAUCUCCUGGAAAUGCAGGGACAACUCCAACGACCGGGCCUCCAGGAACACCGUUUCCGGGACCGUUUGGUCCGACUGGAAGUUUUGAUCCUUCAGGCGAUAAAGAAGCUUCGAGUUUGUUCAUAUCGAUAGCACUCACACUUGGUUUCUCCGUCAUUGCAUUUCUAUAA